CUAAGCUGCAUCACACGCGACGACGAUAUUGAAGCUGUUUCUUUUCUUUUUGCUCACUAUUCAUUGAUAGUAACGCCGUUCAGAGAGUCAAUUCCUACAUCCAGCAUCAAACUUCUAUCUCUUGUGCCGUUCUCGUAAGGCUCCGGCCUGCAAACCGUCAAGAUGGCAGUCAACAGGCAUUGGGAGCAAGACAAGGAGGCCACGGUCUACAUUGGCAACAUCGACGAGCGCGCGACCUCGGCCAUGGUCUACGAAAUCAUGCUCCAGAUGGGCCCCAUCCACAACAUCCACAUGCCUCGAGAUCGCGUCACCCAAACCCACCAGGGCUUCGGCUUCGUCGAGUUUCGCACCCCUGCCGACGCCGAGUACGCCGCCAACGUCAUGAACGGCAUCAAGCUCUACGGGAAGUCGCUUCGCGUCAACAAGGCAAGCGCUGAUAAGCAGAAGGCAGCCGAGGUGGGCGCCGAGCUGUUCAUCGGAAACCUCGAUCCCAUGGUCGACGAGAAGAUCCUCUACGACACCUUUAGCCGGUUUGGCCCGCUGCUGAGCAUUCCCAAGGUUGCUAGGGAAGAUAGUGGCGCGAGCAAGGGCUUUGGCUUCGUCAGCUACGGCGACUUCGAGAGCAGUGAUGCUGCCAUUUCCAACCUCCACGGGCAGUACAUCCUCAGCAAGGAGGUGUCUGUGCAAUACGCCUUCAAGAAGGACGGCAAGGGAGAGAGACACGGUGAUCAGGCUGAGCGAGCCCUGGCCGCGCAGGCCAAGUCAAGAAAUAUCCUUCCCGAGGCCCAACCUCUUCCUCAGGCUUUCCUCAUGAACUCGGCGGCCGCUGCUCCUGCUCCUGCCAACGCAGCACCUCCAUCCGCUCCCGCUGGCUUCGAUUCCGGUGCAAUGGGCGGCAUGCCAGCUGGAGUACCGCCGCCGAUGAUGGGAACGCCCACACAUGCGAAUAUUCCAAGCGGUUUUGCCCCUCCUCCACGCGGACCGUCUCCUUAUGGCGCUGGUCCUGGCCACGCUCCAAAUGGCUUCCCUGGCGCCGGGCGAGGCUCAGCUCCUCUCCCACCGGCACCGUCAGGCCUGCCUGCGCGACCUCCUCAGAUCCAGGGCGGAUACACGAACCCUGCAGACUUCCAUCCGUCCCACUUCCGCCCUCCCUCAGGGGGCCCUCCUGGCGGUGCUCCUCCGCCGCAAGGCUUCCCGGCAGUCCCGCCUCCUGGUUUUCCAGUGCCUCCUCCAGGAGCUUCAGGGACGCCUCCAGUGCCUCCUGGAUUCAUGCCACCUCCUGGAUUCCAGCCUCCGCCAGGCUUUGGCCGCCGAUGAGAUGAGACGUGCCAAAUAUCCGUUCCUAAUACAUCUUCUUAAUAAAUAAUACCUGGUUCAAGUAGCAAAGGACAGUGACUUCAAUCAGGUAAGAGGAGGGCCAAAAGAAUGCCAUGAAAACACACAAUUACUACAGACUUCUAAUUUUUCUGGGGAUUUUUAAAGGAGGAAACCAUAUUAAAAAACAGCGCCCUCGAGGACUCUUCCUCAUCUAGCAGUGUCCCACGACCCUUUUCCUCCCAAGUAUAAUAAUGGCCAGGAUCUCUCUGGUCAGGUAUCGUACAGAUUUUUUUUUUUAAUCUUUCAUAUAUACCAGGAUGCCUGCUGUAUAAAAAGCCAUCCAAAUUUCCCUUCUGGGCCAGAAAUCAUGUUCU